AUGAGCAGCUUCUGGCAAGGACUGGCGAGGCCGCUGUACUGCGUCGCGCCCAUGGCAAACGUGACGGAUGCAGCUUUCCGUCAUCUUAUCAGUGAGAUUGCCAAGCCGUCGGUCAUGUGGACGGAGUUUGUCAGCUGUGAGGCUCUGACGCACGACGCGGACUCACGCCGUCGGAUGAUGACUACGCUCAAGUACGCCGAGAAGGAGCGGCCUGUGGUUGCACAGCUUUUCGGCUCAAAGCCCAAGCAAUUCUACGAGUCGGCAAUGAUCGUGCGUGACUUGGGCUUCGAUGGCAUCGAUAUCAAUAUGGGUUGUCCAGAAAGGAAUGUGAAUAAGCAAGGAAGUGGCGCUGCGUUAAUCUUGCAACCGAGCUUAGCGAUGGAGAUUGUGGCUGCCUGUAAACGUGGCGCAGGGGAUCUACCCGUGUCCGUCAAAACGCGCAUUGGUUUCCACCACAUCGAUUACAAGGACUGGGUACUUCGACUGUUGGCGACGGGGGCGGAGGUAAUCACUAUUCAUGGACGGACGCGUGACGAGAUGUCCAAGGUCCCGGCACACUGGGAUAUCAUCGGAGAGGUGGCAACGUUGGCCAAAUCGAUAGGCUCGUCGGCGCUAAUUCUCGGCAAUGGCGACGUUGAAAAUCUCGUUGAUGCACGGCAGAAGGUUGACGAGUACGGAGUCGACGGCGUAAUGCUUGGCCGUGCGUUGUUUGGCAACCCGUGGCUAUUCCAAGGGUAUCCAAACACCACGCAUGUUUCAGUAAAAGAGAAGCUGGAGGUAAUACGACGUCACACACAGCUUUUCCAAGAGCUUUUGGCAGGCCCAAACCUCAUAGGGUUUUCGCGCAUGAAAAAGUUUUAUGGUUCAUACCUAAAAGGGGUGCCGAAUGCGCGUCACCUACGUGAUCGUAUGGCUCGUACGCAAACGCCCGAAGACGUAUAUUACAUCAUUGACGAAGCUCUCGAGCAGCUGAGUACGCAAGAGCACGUACAAUAA